CUGUGGCCAUAUCAGCUGGUCCUAUACUGCUAGUAUGAAAAAUGCAGAAGUGACAGACACCAAGCAAAUCAUACACUGGUAGCUUCCUGACUGCGGAAAAGACAGAAAACAUGAUCUAAAGGAAUCCCGGUCUGGAUUAAAUCACCUUUAUAAUAAUUAUAAGCUGCUCGCGAGCCUAGAAGCUGUGCACAGGGAUGACUGGGCCCCAUGCAUCACUCAACUAGCGCCGGGCUGUAGAGUUUGCUCAAUAAAUGCUGCACCGGUUGUAGAAGGAACUCCCUGACGGAGCAGCCAUACACAGCCCUCACUCCCUACUUGGAAGAGUUUAUGAACAUGCCGUGGCUCCGCUCAUCCCUGGACAGUCUCCAUACAUUGGUGCUACUCCUCCCCCUGUUGGCCACUCUGGGUCACUGCGAUGAUGGUCAUCUAUUGAGUCAGGUGUUGUUUUGUCAGCCCAACGAGCCAUCAUCGGGGCUUCUCAAGAUGUUUGAUGAAGAUCAAAUGUUCAGUUACAACUUUAGCGAUAACUCAGUUUCUCAUUGGAUCAAAGACUUUGACAAGUGGCGCGACCAGGCUUUUCCUGACCCCUCAACGAUAUUCUCCCAUGUGAAGCUAUGUAAUCGUUUUAGACAAGCGCUUACUGAAGCACUUAAAGAUAUUACUCCUGAAGCUAUAGGUGGUGCACAUGUGACGGUUUUUACAGCAAAUCCUCUGAAACUGGGUGUAAAAAACACAUUGAUCUGUUCCAUUCACGAUGUCUAUCCCCCGGCUGUGACCAUCACUUGGAAGAAGAACAUGGAUGUUCUGACAAGAUCAUUAAUCUCCUCAAAAUAUUUUGCUAUGAGUGAUCUGUCCUUUCAGGUGUUCUCCUAUCUCAAUGUCACUCCCAUGAACAAUGAAGUCUACUCUUGUGAAGUACAAUUGUCAGGAGAUAACCGAACUAUUACAGAGUACUGGUUUCCUCAGUAUCCAGUCCCUUCUGAUCUGCUGGAGGAUUUCCUGUGUAUUAUGGGUGUGUUUUUCGGCAUUCUUUUCCUCUUUUUGGGGGCCUUCUUCUUCUGGAUGGCUAAGAACUAGCACAAUACAGACUGAAUUUCUCACCUCCUUAGUCUCUCCUUGACUGUUGAAGACUGAACAAAUUGCAGUGCCUUGACUUUUAUCUGGAGCCUGGACCAAAAGCCAUCAUGUGACUUCAUUCCUAGACCUCCCAUGAUUACUGCUAUUUACCAUAACAACAUUAGGAGCCCUUGUGAAAGUAUCUGAGAAAUGAUCUAUGGAUACUGUUUUACAUAGAUAUGCUGUUUAUCAUGUCCAGAUAACUUUGAUGGAGCCAUUAAUUUCAAGGACAGGAAUUAGUUUAAUUUUGACUACAUAAAAGGAUCUCACAAACACACCAUAAGGUGAAACACAAUUUAUAGAGGCAAAAAAAUAGGAAUGGCAUUCUCCCUUUUGGCACAACUCAGCUUUGGGUAAGUUUUCAGAUAACUGCUGCUGUCCCCAAUGUAGAACCAGAAAAAACCCAUUGAUAAAACGUAUACAGUACUCAUCGAGAAGAUGCUACUAUGGUGCACUACAUUCCUUCAGAGUCUAAAGGAUUCCUCAGAAUCUUUGCAGAAACUCUUUUAUUGGUGAUGCGUUUUGGAGUUGUGUAGACUCCGACCUGAUGAAGGAGUCUGUAAGAGUCUUAAAGACUAUUGGACUGGCAUGGAAUCCCUUAGACUUUGAAUGAAGUUAUUACUAUAUCAUUUUUCUGUUGACUAUUGGCUACAGUUUGGAUUAUUAUACAAACCCCAGCUGCUAAUAGGGGUCGGUGUGCACACAACAUCAUGUUCCUGCUUCCAGCCACAUAGCAAUGAAUAUGGGGAAGAAGCAGGAAGGAAGAUCGCUGUCACGGCAGCCGAGUCCAGGCUCUCAGGAUGAAGCUUCUUAUCUUACAUCAGUGGUUGUGGCUGUGGACAUUGAGUGUCCUCCACAACCAGACAUAGUCACAUAGUUAAAACUGUUGAAAAAAGACAUAAGUCCAUCAAGUUCAACCAAGGGAUAGGUGAGGACGUGAAUCCCAGAAGGAAGUGAGAUUUAGAUUUCUACACAUUUUCAUAAGCAUUUUCAUAGAUUGUAAGCUCU